AAAAACACUCCUCCAUAAACCUAAUUACUCCCAAUUCCAUCUAAUCUCUCUCCCUCUCUCUCUCCACGAUUUAAUUACUCCUAAUUUCGUCAAAUCUCUCUCUCUCUCUCUCUCUCUCUCUCUCUCUCUCUCUCUCUCUCUCUCUCUCUCUCUCUCUCGUUUAUCAGUUCCAAUUCGCCGAUCACACAACACAAUGAUGGGCCCAGACAACCACCGAGUUCACAGCUCAGAAGAAUCGCCACAACUCGACUCGGACUCACUCAGCUCCAACUCGUUCUCCACUUACAAAAGCGUAUUCACGUCUCUCUCCUCCGAUUCGCACCACCCUCUCUCCGAUCCCCUUUUCUCUCCCCCCUCUCCCCAAUCUCUCCCGCCUCCCUCCUAUUCCGACGUCGUAAUCUCUCCGUUACACGACGAAUCGCAUAGUUUCCACGAACCAAAUGAACGUGACGAGAACGUUGAGAAUUUUAAUAAUAACGGAAUCGAACACGACUCCACGGAGCUGCGCGUCUCGGAAUCAGCAAUUGAGUAUUUGAAGGUUUCGGUCUCGAAGCCUCAGAAGGAAGUGGAGGCUUCGAAUUCGAUAGUGCCAGGUGGCAAUAAGUACUUUACCUAUUUAAUUACGACAACUACGAAUAUUUUAGAGUAUGGGGGAUCGGAAUUUGUUGUUAGGAGGAGGUUUAGGGAUAUAGUUACGUUGUCGGAUCGAUUGAGUGAGGUGUAUAGGGGAUUUUUUAUUCCUCCUAGGCCCGAUAAGAGUGUCGUGGAGAGUCAAGUAAUGCAGAAGCAGGAGUUUGUGGAACAAAGGAGAGUGGCGUUGGAGAAGUAUUUGAGGAGAUUGGCGGGGCAUCCGGUGAUCAGGAAGAGUGACGAGUUGAGAGUGUUUUUGCAGGUUCAGGGGAAGUUACCAUUGCCUACGAGUACUGAUGUGGCAUCGAGGAUGCUUGAUGGGGCGGUGAAUUUGCCGAAACAGUUGUUUGGGGAUUCGUCGAGUGUGAUUGCGCCUCAGGAGGCGGUGCAGCCUGCAAAAGGGGGGAGGGAUUUGUUGAGGAUUUUUAAGGAGUUGAAGCAGUCGGUUGCGAAUGACUGGGGUGGUUCAAAGAAGCAAGUGGAGGAUGAUGAUAAGGAGUUUGUGGAAAAGAAGGAGAGGUUGAAUGUUCUGGAGGUUCAACUCGGGAAUGCAUCUCAGCAGGCUGAAGCACUUGUCAAAGCGCAGCAGGAUAUGGGAGAAACAAUGGGAGAAUUGGGGCUAGCAUUUCUUAAAUUGAUGAAAUUUGAGAAUCAGGAAGCUUCCUUCAACACUCAAAGAGCACGUGCAGCUGACAUGAAGAAUGUAGCAACUGCUACUGUUAAAGCAAGCAGACUAUAUCGGGAACUAAAUGCACAAACUGUAAAACAUCUGGAUACUCUACAUGAGUAUAUGGGUCUGAUGCUUGCAGUUCACACUGCUUUCUCGGAUCGGUCAAGUGCUUUAUUGACCGUACAAACCCUUCUAACGGAAUUGUCUUCUUUACACUCAAGAGCUGAAAGACUGGAUACUGCAUCAUCGAAAAUAUUUGGCGGGGACAAGUCUAGAAAUCGGAAGGGCGAGGAGCUAAAGGAAGCUAUUAGAGUAACCGAGGAUGCUAAAAACUGUGCAAUCAGAGAAUAUGAACGCAUUAAGGAAAAUAACAGGACUGAAAUACAAAGGUUAGACAAAGAGAGGAAGGCGGACUUCAUAAACAUGUUGAAGGGAUUUGUGGUCAAUCAGGUCACAUAUUCUGAAAAGAUAGGAAAUGAGUGGGCAAAGAUCGCAGAGGAAACUGGUGGAUAUGCAAAAGAGAGUGGUUGAAUCAUUUGACUAUACAGUCAGAAGUAAAACUCCACUUAGUUAUGUUGAGGAUGUGCAUUUACUAGAAAAUACAGAGAUUCAAAACAAUUUUAUACAAUAAUGUAGCUCCACAGUGUACCAGAUUUAGGCUUUAAAAUACCCUCAGUACAGAAAAUUGAAGGCUGUGAUUCGUCUGUGCUUGUACGAGAGAGUUCAAGGUUUUGAGGUAGCUGCAGUUUUUUGAUAGUGGAUACUAAAACCACCAGGACCUUCCUGGACAAUAAUGUGAUGCCCUUUCUGAGGUUGAACAUCCUCAAUUUUCAUGUCUACUCUGUAAUCUCUGUUUUUCUUUCUUGUAGAAUUCAUUUACCAUCUUGUAAAAUUGGUUUCUUCGGUCUGCAGAAGUUUCGAUGUUUCUCUUGGCGAUUAUGUCGAUGUAUUUACUCUAUUAUUAUAAAGAUUGAUUUAGUAGUAA